UAGGGAUUUGAAGAAUCACAAAAGACUAAACCCCCUGAUCAAUUAAGUCCAAACAGGGUCUUGGUAAAAACAAUGCCAAACAAAUCUGGUCAUGCUGUUUUUGUUAGCUUUUAGUUGUUGGCCAAUCCAUUCAUCCAAAGCACCAGCCCCCCCUAAAAACCUCCAACCUAACCUUGUGAGUUGUGAGAGAGAGAGAGACAAAAAAAGCCAUUAAUAAAGCUUUGAAAAAGAGGAGGGAGGAAAUACCAAUGCCUAAGCCUUGCAAACUACUCUAAUAUACACCCACCAUUGCUGAAAACGCCCAUUUCCCUCUCACUCUCAAAUUCUCAAUGGAAGAAACCCAGAAGUUUCCAAUGGCAAAAACAGGCAAGAUUAUCAGAACCUCAAUCUACACUUUCCUUCAAAGGUACCACUACUUCACCUCAACCGCUGCACUCCUUGCCUUCCCCUUCUCCGUUUCAGUUCUGCUCUCACAAGCCUAUGUCCCCUCCUCUUCAUCUCUUCUAUUGACCAUCUACAGCCGCCUCCGAAAUCUCUUCGAUGCAGCAGGCUUCCCUCCCUCUUCAGAGUUCUUCACCAUUCUUAGCCAGAAGCUUUCCCAAACAAUUUUUUCCUCCAUCCUUACACUUCCUUUCACCCUCUCCUUCCUCCUCGCCACAAAAGCAGUUAUAAUUCAAGCUCUCAAGCAAAACAAACCACCUAAUUCCCCGCCUUCUUUGUUUUCUUCGGUGCUAAACCUUUACAAGCCACUCUUGCUCACCUACUUGUGCAACUCGUUCUUGAUCCUCUCCGCGAACGCAACCGUCUUCUCUCUUCUCUUCUUCGCCUUUAAUUGUCUCGAAGGAGUUGGCUUCUCUUCUCCCAACUGCAUCCUCUUCCUGUCAGCUGCCGGGGCUGUGCUCUACUCCAUAAUUCUGGCCAACGCCCUCGUAGUAUGCAGCUUGGCAUUGGUUUUAUCGGGCAUGGAACAAUGCGGUGGAUACAUGGCGAUCCUCAAGGCUUGCGCUCUUAUACGAGGAAGAACGUCGACGGCGCUAUCCCUGGCAUUGCCUGUCAACAUGGCCCUGGCCGGUGUCGAAGCCUUGUUCCAAUACCGGGUUGUGAGAGCUUAUCAUUUCGCUGGAAAGCUGGGAACAUCCAUGGCUUUGGAGGGGAUUUUCAUCGCUUACUUGUAUUCGAUUUUCAUUGUUCUUGAUACAGUCGUGAUUUGCAUGUUCUUCAAAAGCUGUAAGGCAGGAUCUUGGAUAGAGCAGGAAGGUAGGUACUCUUACCGGAUUGAAUUUGCGCAAGAGAGCGAUGGCUACGUCCGUUUAAGGACUGCAGAAGAACUUGCAUAAAUUACAUUGUGAAAACAAACAGGAUAGUUGGCAAUUCGUUUCUUGAAUUUCACAGAAUCGAUUUUUCUGUUGCUUGAGGGGAAAUCAGGCAAAGUAUAGUACAUAAAGACCCACAUUGCGGGUGACCCCAACAAGGUGAUAGCAAGAAGGAAUUUCUUUUUGUUAUAUUCUCAAAUUUCAGUUUUCUGUUUUGUUUCUUUCGUCCCAUUUCACCAUAUGUACAUUGGAAACCUUUACAGUGUGAAUGAUACAAAGGCAUUGUUAAUCUUCUA